CACAUGCUCUGCUGUCGCACAUCUCCGUCGUCCGCGGCCACGAGCAAAUGCGCCAUGCAUACUUGCACCGCGCCUUGCUGUUGCAUUGCAUUCUCCAUGGCCAUACCAAGUCAGCUCUUGCUAACCAUGGUUCGCGCUAGCAGUCCCCUUUGUCGCGUCCCCGGCAGCACGCCCAUCGCUCCUUCACCUCACUCCACGCAGGCACAUGGCAACCUCGACAGCGACCAUGCCCAGCCCCAUACCUACCACGGCGACUUCACACCCUGACGACCCAAUUCCCGCUGAGCCAAAGGAUAUCCCACAGCUCUCACUCCGGCCCUCGCCGGCACAGCAGUCGCAGCCCGAGCAGACGUCGCCCAAAUCUUCGGGCGAAUCCACACUAUGGACCACCAGUAGCGAUGAGUCCGAGGCGCCCAUGACGCCAAUGACGGAGCCCGAUCAGGGCGUUGAGGAAGUAGUCGAUAAACUACAGGAACUGCCUACCUCGGCUGUCAAUUUCUCUGGCCAGACGCGUCCUCGCCGGGCAUCUACCACGCUCAUUUCAGACAACCCGAACGACAUCAGACGGAUACUGGGCGAGGGUGAGACGGCCACCAAGCUCAUCAGCCAGUGUUGCGGUGGAGGAUGCUGUCUGCUCAAGACACUGGCCCCAGACGCAUCGUCGCCCAACUUCAUACCCGUCGUCGUCCCCGACAACCAUGCCUUCCGGAGCCUCAACCUUCAACUGGGUCCGCUCGCCCUCGAUAGCGAGCUCACCGACACGAUUCCACUCCCUCCUGCCAACAUGUCCUUUGAUCCCCUGCCAUCCAAGGACACCAAGUACGUCUCGCAGGUGCACAAGACACCACCCAAGUACGUUCAGCCACACCCGCCCUACGAAGUCUACUCGGCACCGCUCUACCACGCACGCGAGUUGACCAAGCCGGGCGCUGAGAAGAGAACCAUCCACUUCGAUAUCGACGUUACCGACUACCCCGACGAGGGAGGCGUCGACUUCAAGGUUGGUGGUGCCGUCGGCAUCUGCCCCCCCAACUCGCAGGAAAUGGUUGAUGAGCUAUUCGAUCUCCUCUGCAUCCCCAAAUUUGUCCGCGACAAGCCUGUCACACUCAAGACCCAGACCGGCAGAUGGCCGACCAUCUGGGGUGAAGACCAAGCACGCGAGCUUGUCACAACGAGACGCGAACUGCUGACCUGGUGUGCCGACAUCCAGUCGCACCCGCCCACCAAGAACCUCCUUCGCGUGCUCGCCGAGUAUGCCGAAGCCCCCAACGAGAAGAAGAUCCUGACGUACCUUUGCUCUGCUCAAGGACAAGCAGCCUUCUGCGACCUCCGUACCACUUCUCACUUUACAGUCUCACAGAUGCUCAGCGCAUUUCCUUCGUCGAAGCCGCCGCUACCGCACCUCCUCUCCGUCCUCACUCAGCUAAUGCCUCGAUUCUACUCCCUCUCGAACGACCCCCACAUCUCGUCGGCGCGCCCCGGCCUACCCGGUACUCGUCGCCUCAUCGAGAUGGCCGUCACAAUUCACGAGACACCCGAUUGGCAUGCUGAGGGUGCUACACGUACAGGUGUAGGCAGUGGCUUCAUGGAGCGCAUGGCACACGCCUUCAUCACAGCCGAGAAUGAAGGUGUCGAUCCCCGCAGCAUCCUCGAUCUGCGCAUUCCCAUGUUCCGCGGACUCAUGGCCAAUCCGCUGUCAAAGCAAUUUGGUGGUGAAGGUCCCAUGGUGCUGAUCGGAGCGGGAGUCGGUAUGGCUCCAUUCCGUGGUUUCAUCUUGAAUCGAUUGAAGAAUGCCAAUUGCGCCAACAAGAUCUGGCUCAUCCAGGGUGUCCGAGACUCUAUGCUCGAUGAGCUCUACUCGGGUGAACUAGGCGACCAUGAACGCGAAAUCAAAAAGGUCGUCCAGAGUCGGAAGGUCAAGGUGGGAGGCUCCAACGAGGUCAAAUACGUCCAAGACGAGGUGCGAGUACAGGCUGAUAUCGUCUGGUUCGUUAUCAAUGCUCUCGACGGACGUAUCUUUGUCUGUGGCUCUAGUAAGGGCAUGGGCGAAGGUGUCGAAGAGUCUCUAAUUGAUGUUGCGAUGCAAAAGGGCCGCCUGAGCGAAGCGCAAGCGAAGGAGUUCUGGGCCCGAAAGAAGGAGGACGGACAAUACAUUGCCGAAACAUGGUGAACAUGCCCUCUCUGAACACCUGUACAUACAGUUACGGCUUCCGUUUCACAACCGCGUCUCUAUCCUUAUCGCUACCAUAUUGCCACGGCGUUCGAACAAAAGGAGUCCUUUAUAAAUCAUAUAGGCAGAACAAACAUUGGUACGCACUUUCAGUCGAAGUUGGCUGUUCAUGGCUUCUUCGUUUUCUGGGUUGGGAUAUUCAUCAUUACAUUAGAAGGACAUGCGCGCAAGAGCAUGGCGUUUGUCAAAGGUCGGAAACAGGCAAUUUGUUUGCGUUAUUACUAUUGUCAAGUCUAGAUCAUCAUAUCACAUGUCGUUGAUAGUAGGAAGUGAACGUAAUGAAAGAUGUUAUUACAAGUUGUGGUAUCCUGUGUCGAAAGCUUGGUGCUUCAGUGAAAGCUAAUAUACUCCC